AUGGCCGUGACCACUGCUCCUCCGGGCAUGUCCACAGGCGGCAUGUCGGCGACAACCUUGAUGCCGUACAACCACAACCAGCGCACGGAGACGGUGUGGCGGACUGGCGGGGCACCUUGCAGAGCGCGGGGAAAGGAGCUGCUGGCGCGCGGUGGUCUAUCGCUGCCUCUAGAUGCAGUUGGGGAAGGAGAUGCACGCAAGGUCAUCAAGGUCGUCGCUCCCAUCCGCUGUGGGUACUUAACAUGCGAUGUCAGUGGGUUCAGGAGAGCCAUGCUAGCAUCGGAGAAGCCGCCGCCGGCAGUGGUCGUGGAGAAAGUGGGCAACGAAGGUGGAGGAGAGGGUUAUCCUGAUUAUGUGCUUAAAGAGGGUGAAGGAGGCACAAUUGUCAAUAUUUAUAAUUUAGAAGCAUAUAUUACUUUGGUUUUUGGCAUGUCAUCCCUCCUCAUAUUUUCACCUCAAGAACUUGACUAUCUAAUAUGUGGCCAACAAGAAAUUUGGGAGUCUAGAAUACCUGGUGCAGUUACAUGGAUGUUAGGAUAUAAGAUUGCUAUAGUUUUAUCCAAGGAGUGGAUGAUCACAAUGUUCUACUCUAGCACGGUGACGGGGGCAUCACAAUGUCCUACUCUAGCGCGCAGCUCGCAGAGGGCAUGUGGCCACAGUUCACUAGCCGUUGAGGAACCGCUACUAAUAUUUUAUGGCAUGCAACAUUACCUGCCAAUAGCUGGUUCACUUGUCUUUGUUCCUUUGAUACUCGUACCUGCAAUGGAUGGUUCUGAUGAGGAUACCGCAACAGUCAUCUCCACCAUGUUAUUAGUCUCUGGUCUUACUACAAUACUACAUACUUUUUUGGGUUCUCGGCUUCCACUGAUUCAAGGAAGCUCCUUUGUAUAUUUGGCUCCAGCGUUGGUAAUUGCAAACUCCGAGGAGUUCAGAAAUCUUAGUGACAAUAAAUUCAAGCACAUAAUGAGGGAACUACAGGGGGCUAUACUUGUUGGUUCAGUAUUCCAGAUAAUAUUAGGAUACACUGGUCUUAUUUCACUGUUUCUGAGGUUAAUAAAUCCAGUAGUGGUGGCACCAACUAUUGCUGUAGUGGGUUUGGCAUUUUUUAGUUAUGGUUUCCCUCAGGCUGGCAGCUGUGUAGAAAUCAGCAUGCCCCUCAUUCUGUUGGUUCUUCUGUGCACUCUGUACAUGAGAAAAAUAUCCUUGUUUGGCAACCAUAUCUUCCUUGUCUAUGCGGUGCCCCUCAGUGUUGCAAUUGUAUGGGCUUAUGCAUUCUUUCUAAUUGCUGGUGGAGCAUAUAACUUCAAAUGCUGCAGCUCAAACAUACCCAGUUCAAACAUAUUGUUGGAUUCAUGCAGAAGGCAUUUAGAGACCAUGAGGCGCUGCCGUACUGAUGUUUCUACUGCGUGGAAAACUACUGCCUGGGUUCGGGUUCCCUAUUCGUUCCAAUGGGGCCCUCCAACAUUCCAUUUCAAGACGGGUAUCAUCAUGAUAAUAGUUUCUCUGGUUGCUUCAGUUGAUUUGCUUUCAUCGUACCAUGCCGCUUCACUGCUGGUAAAUCUAAGCCCACCAACACGUGGAGUUGUCAGCAGAGCGAUUGGGCUUGAAGCGGUUUCAACGUUUAUUGCUGGAGUGUGGGGUACAGGUACAGGAUCGACAAUGUUAACAGAGAACAUACACACCCUCGAAACAACCAAAAUGGGCAGCAGGAAGGCUUUGCAGCUUGGGGUAGUCGUGUUAGUCAUCUUCUCCUUAUUUGGUAAAAUCGGAGCUCUCCUAGCCUCUAUACCUCUUGCCUUGGCCGCCUCUGUUCUGUGCUUCACCUGGGCGCUAAUUGUCGCGCUUGGUUUGUCCACAUUGCGAUACACCCAAGCAGCAAGCUCCAAAAACAUGAUAAUAGUUGGAUUUUCCCUAUUCAUCUCCUUGUCGAUAUCCGCAUACUUUCAGUAGUAUGAACCCAGCUCCAACCUAAUCUUGCCCAGCUAUCUUCUUUCAUAUGCUGCAGCGUCAAGUGGACCAGUUCGCACAGCCAGCAGCGGGCUGAACUAUGCAGUGAACACGCUCCUAUCCAUCGACGUUGUGGUGGCUCUCCUUGUCGCGUUGAUCCUUGACAACACAGUGCCAGGCAGUAGACAAGAGCGCAGUGUGUACAUUUGGACAGAUCCCAAAUCCCUCGAGGUGGAUCCUGCGACAUUGAGCCUGUUUGGCCAACCCUACCGAUUGCCGGAGAAGGUUUCGUGCUGGUUCAGGUGGGCAAAGUGUGUCAAGGUUUUGCUCUUUCUCACACAACAUUGA